AUGUUAAAUGAAUCUCAGUAUAUAACGAAAUGAUUAGUUUUUAAAAAUCCCGAUACAACGAACUAUUUUUACAGGUUAAAGUAUAUUUUUCCUUCUUAAAAUUUAAUCUAAAGAUAACAAGCACACAAUUUAAUAAAAUUAUUAAGUCAUUAAAUUGCCAUUAUGUUAUAUAUUUUCAUAAAGCUCACACAUUAGUCAUUUUUCGUAUUUUACGAUCGUUCUUUAUUGUAUAUAUUUACGUGAGGUUAGGUUAGGUUUGGCUGAAGUAGACAAAGAAUUGAAGAAAGACGAGGUGGCAAAAAAGUAUGGCAUAUUUCCAUCAACAUUGUCAAUCAUUUCGAAGAACCGAGAAAGCAUCUUGAAACAACUACAGACUUCUGUUUUUGUCCCGAGCAGAAAAAGGAUGCGUAAGGCACAAUUUGAAGACUACCUUGAUUAUCUUGCAGAUGACAACGUUUCAACAUGUUAUGAACUAACCAAAGUAGAUAUCACUCAAUCCAUUAAAGACAGUAAAGAUGAGGCUACCGAUGAAAGUAGUAAAGAUGAAGAAGCUGUGAUGCGAGAUGAUGUGCGCAAUAUCACUUCAUCAGAAGCCUUAUCAAGUUUGGAAGUUAUGCGAACAUUCAUUUCAUCACAAAGUGAUGUACCGGACUUCAUAUUUACAAACAUUACCAACUUCACAAUUAUUUACUUUCUAUUAAAACAGCAAACCUUGUUAAAAAAAAAAUUAUCGAUUAUCUGUAAUAAAGUUAUUUUCGCAAAUUAUUUACAUUUGAAUUAUUUAUUUGUAUUUGAAUAACAUAAUGUUUUUAAAUUUUUUUUAUUUGAAUUUUCGAAAUUUCGUUACAACGAAAUUUCUGUUAUAACGGAAAAAUAAAUCGGUUCCUUGGAGUUCGUUGUAACGGGAACUUACUGUAUAUAUUAUAAUAUGUAUGUAUGUAACUAAUUAUUGUUAUAUCUAAUAUUUAAUUAAAUAAAAAAAAAAAUUCAAACAUUUAAUUUGGUAAAUGUAGCCUUGUCUCUUGGUAUUUACAAUAUUAUAUGAAUGAAUAACACUUAAGAAAUUAUUAACAAAUAGUCAAAUAAUGUAACAUUUUUGAUUCGAAAAUCAUUAUUUCUUCUAUUAGAGUUUAAAUAGUUGGUUUUAAAUAAUAAGUUAUAAUGAUUUUGCUUUAAAUUACAUCUUUACAAAGGAAGACAUGCUUUAAUGGAUUAAUAAUUUGCCUACAAAGUGUUCAACAUUUAUUUUAUGACACAGUUAAAUUAGGAAAAAAGACUUUAUUUUAACUUGCAUCUCAAGACGAUAUCGAAAUGAUUUUUCAGCUAUCUAAUUAAAGAGAGGUUUUAACAACAACUUUCUACUGCUCAUUUUGAGACUACCUAUACAAAAUUAUUAAUUCACACUGGUUUAUCAAUAUACAAACUGCAAUCCCCAAGAUUCUACAUAUAUUCUUAACAUCUUAAUUAAUAAUUGGUAAUAGGUCUAGUACAAAGUGGUUGGUUCCAAAUCCCAAUGGUGUAGGGGGCAGGCAUAUAUGACUGAUAUAUAAUAACGGUCUGACAGCAUAAUUUCAAUACCAUUAUGUAGAUGUAGUUUAUCUAUAUCGUAUUCAAUACUUAUAUUUAAAUUUGUAAUAUUUGAUUAUUAAAAUUACGUUGUUUUUAAGGAAACAAAAAUAAGCCUGAUUUUUUAGGAUAAAUGGUCGCUUCGAUUGCUCGAUAAGUGAAAAUAUUUGACCAGAAGGUUCUUACCACAAAUAUUAAAAACUUGCAGUUCUGCAAUGCGAUGGUACAUCCAUAGAUUACCAUUGAUUAAAUUUAUUUAAUCAAUAUCAAUGAUAUUACCUAUAUAAAUACUAUUUCACCCAUGGUCUUGGAAGGUAAGGUCAAACCACUUCCUAUCAUCUCGACUAUUACAAUAUUUCCGCUUAAUGAGGAAGAAACGUUUCCCAUGUUGCCAUAAAAGCGCUACGGGAUAGACUUAUUUUGUGGUUAGGAACAGCUUGUCAAAAUUAUUCAAAUUACUGAGAUUGGAUUUUAUAUUAUAAUAUUAUUGUUUUAUUUAUGUUAUAAUCGAUAGUUCUAAUAAUUAUGCAAACUUUAUAAUGUUGUCUACUAUCUAAUAUACUUGUCUAUUCUGUCUAGUGGAAAAUAUAAAUCUAUUUUAUACAUAGAUAUUUGAUUUUUGAUAUGUAUUAUUUUAACUAAAGUAGUUAGGUGCAUUUUGGAAAUGCAGAAUAAAUAUUGUUACUUUCAUUGUAACAACUCCGAGAAACUUACCAUUUUUAAUGUUCUUAAAGAUAAACAUUUAGAGGAGAAAUGGCCACAAUCUUUAGGGAUAGAUCAUUUUAAUUGGUUAUUUUAAGAGGUUAUUUGUGAAAAAUAUUUUCAGGAUGAUCUGAUUAUAAGAUCAAAGGAUAUUGUUGAUAAAUUAGAAAUGCUAUUUGCUCAGUAAAUAUAUUUAACAUGCAGGUGUGGAUAGAUCAAUAUAGAAAAAGACUAAAGAAGUCAAAUUUAGUUGAAAACUUAAAUGUAAAAAUUAAUAAAAUGGCUGAAGAGGAAAAUUGA